CCUUACCUACCUGGUCCCUAUGUGUUACCCGAUUCUUCAACCAUUUCAUCCACUUCAUCCACUCAACCAACGAUCCCAUCAUCCAUCCCUACAAUAACUCGCAAUACUAACAUACCGCAAUGCGUCAGUUGAACCAGUUGAACCAGCUGAGCCUAUUCAACGUGUCAGGGGUGCUCUGACACCACCUAGGCACCCUCGUAGAUCAAGAUAAAUUCUAUCUAUUUAUUCUAUUUCGGGAAAACCGUCUAGGCAAAUAAAACUCUCCCCUCUCCCACUGUCCGUUUACGUUUCCUCUCUUUCCUUUUCAGUACUCCUCAUCAGUAUAUCUUACCUCCUAUUCACCAACAUCCAAGCUCUAUUCCAAGCUACGUGUCUCUAUUUAUCUACCGCAGCGACAACGACAAAAUCUGAUAUUUGUUGCCCUUCUCUAUUCGACAUCCACAUACAAGCGUAUUUCACGAGUAAUCAAGCUGUGCUCUCGCAGCCUUGAACGAAGCCCUUCAGUGUCUACCUAGUAGCCUACCUACCUAGGUACCUAGCCACCAGUAAUUCGCAUUAAAUCGAGGCCACGCGCCGCUCUAUCACCUUCGUAUCAACAUGUCGCCCACAUACACCAUGUCAGCACACUUGUGCAAACAAAUCUACAAGUCUUUCCAGACUCGCCAAACUUCUCCCGAACCGCUAAGCAGUCCUACGACUACCACCUACACUUCCACAUACCUGCGCCGCUCGCCGUCGCCGACACCUGAAAAGCGCUCAAUGGAUAGCGACCGUGGUGACUCUACCGCUCAUUCUACAUCGCCGCCGUCGAGCUCGGGUUGGAAGUGGGGUGGCCGCUAGCUUGAUCUCUACCUACCCUAGGUAUUGAGGGAGUCUGGAUUCUUGGAAGAAUGUGGAGAUUGGAGAUUUUGGCGAUGACGUACCAGCGAAUGGCACGUAAAUGGAAAUGAUACCCCUUUUGAAAUUGAGAAUUGGCGAAUAGCUACCGACAGCCGCAAAUGGCAAAACAACUCGACGAAUCACGCAAUUCAAUUCACCAAUCACGCAACGCAACGCAACACCGCGCAAAACAUAUAAUCAUCGAUACGCGCAUAUGCAGCUAUUACUGCAUCGAUGCUACAUUUUAUUACUAUGAAGGAAUAUUCGUUAUGGAUUCAGUAAGCUACGAGGUAGCUUAGGGCUUAUAUUUGCCUAAUCAUGAAGCCCUCUGUAGGGCCGGAGUUAUACGGAUUUUUCCAUUGGCAGGAAACACAUCACGAUACAUAAGAAUGAGGGCACUCCAUGACAAGCAAGCAAGUUUAGGCCUAGCUGUUCAACUAUUGAACUGGGGAAAAGUAGAGUACUUUUCACCGACAACAUAAAUUCUAACAUCAUGUCUAUCA